ACGAUGAUCCUUGAAUUCUGCAUAUGGACACGCUGGUUUUAGCAUCUUGGCCGGCAAGGCUCAAAGGUAAUGACGCCCGACAAAGCAGAGCAGCGGCUGCCAGGAUUGCUAGCUCGGAAAUCGAGGCAACUAUAAACAACAAAUUGGGAUUGGUGGAAAAUCUAGCAGAGGCAGUAAAUCAGCUAUACAGCGGCGCUACAGUAACAGAUCCCGGGGUUUACGUGGAGCUGUUGAAAUGGUCCGGCAGGGAACGGAAUUUAGACGAAGGAAAGCGUGUUCACUCCCACAUCAUGCAAACUGGAUACGAAGGGGAUCGUAUGGUGAUGAACUUGGUGGUGGAGAUGUACGGGAAGUGUGGGGAUGUGGAGCAAGCGGGAAACGUCUUCGAUAGUAUACAGGAUCCCAACGUGUUUUCCUGGACCAUCAUCAUCGCUGCGUAUGCCCAGAAUGGUCAUUGCAUGGAGAGCUUGAGGCUUCUUUCGAGGAUGAACCAGGCGGGUGUCAAACCAGAUGGUUAUACGUUUACAACGGUUCUAGGAGCAUGCACGGCCGUUGGGGCACUCGAAGAGGCCAAGAUUCUUCAUGCAGCUACGAUCUCGAGCACCGGCCUGGACAGGGACGCUGCAGUCGGCACUGCUCUCAUAAAUCUCUAUGGGAAGUGUGGAGCACUCGAGGAGGCUUUUGGAGUUUUCGUCCAGAUCGAUAACAAGGAUAUCGUCAGCUGGAGCUCCAUGAUAGCAGCAUUCGCUCAGAGCGGGCAAGCCAAGUCCGCGAUCCAGCUCUUGAUGCUCAUGGACUUGGAAGGUGUCCGUCCCAACAACGUCACCUUUGUCAAUGUCCUGGAGGCUGUCACGAGCUUGAAAGCCUUCCAAUAUGGCAAAGAGAUCCACGCCCGUAUCGUCCAAGCCGGUUACAGUGACGACGUCUGCCUCACAAGUGCGCUGGUGAAGAUGUACUGCAACUGGGGCUGGGUCGAGACUGCAAGGUCCAUCUUUGAGAACUCCCGUGAAAGAGACGUUGUGUCCUGGAGCUCGAUGAUAGCAGGCUACUCUCAGAACGAGUCGCCCGCAAGAGCACUGUCACUGUUCCGCGAGAUGGAGGUUGACGGUGUCCAGCCAAACUCUGUCACUUUUGUGAGCGCCAUCGAUGCCUGUGCCGGGGUUGGAGCUCUCCGACGAGGAACGCAGCUCCACGAGCGAGUCCGGUGCCUGGGCCUGGACAAAGACGUCCCCGUUGCGACCGCUCUCGUCAACUUGUAUGGGAAGUGCGGCAGGCUGGAAGAGGCCGAGGCCGUGUUUCUGGGGAUGAAGAAGAAGAACUUGCUCACUUGGACGUCGAUAGCAAUGGCCUAUGCUCAGAACGGGCAUGGAAGCCGGUCACUCAAGCUCUUGCACGGGAUGGAGCUUCAAGGCAUGAAACCCGACGGGAUAGUGUUCGUGGCCAUCCUUGUCUCGUGUAACUACGCCGGGCAGAUGAGCAAGGGACUCUACUACUACAAGCUGAUGACCCAAGACUUCGGCAUUGCUCCAGCGGUGGAGCACUGCGGCUGCAUGGUUGAUAUCCUGGGACGAGCAGGGAAGCUGGAGGCGGCGGAGCAGCUGAUAAACACUAUGAAGUUCGAGUCGAGCCUGGCGUGGAUGAUGCUUCUCACCGCUUGCAAGGCGCACAACGAUACCGCUCGAGCCGCCCGUGCCGCAGAGAAGAUCUUCCAGCUGGAGCCCAAGAACGCGACGCCUUACGUCCUUCUCUCGAGCGUCUUCUGCGCCGCUGGGAGCUGGGAGGCCGCUGAGGAGACGAGGAGGAGGAUGGAUGGCCGGGGGGUGCAAAGGCUACUGGGGAGGAGCUCGAUCGAGAUCGGGGACAGGGUGCACGAGUUUGUAGCGGCCAGCGAUGUGCUGCCUCACCACUUGGUCGGGGAGAUCUUCGCGGCCUUGGAGAAGCUAGGCAGGGAGAUGCAAGGCGCUGGCUACGUCCCGGAUGCUACUGCGGUGCGCUUGCGGGAUGUGGAGGAGGGUGGGAAGGAGAACGCGGUGCCAUACCAUAGCGAGAUGCUGGCGCUGGGACUGGGGAUCGUCUCCACGCCCGCUGGAACGCCGCUCCGGAUCACCAAGAACUUGAGGAUGUGCUCCGACUGCCAUAUCGCCACCAAGUUUGUGUCCAAGCUCGUCCACCGGCGUAUCAGCGUGAGAGAUGGAAGGCGCCACCACCACUUUGAGAAUGGAGUUUGCUCGUGCGGGGAUUACUGGUAGAAUGGCAAGAAUCUCGGGUGUGGAGACUAACGUUUAUGUAUGGCCUGAUACGUUGACCUUAUUUGACUUUCUUGACUUUGCA